CGCGCGUGUAGUAUUAUGAAGUGUUAAAUUAAAUAUUUAUCGAUAUUAUAAAGAUUUCGAAUCGCUUUUACUUUUAAAUGUCUAGUCAGUGCAAGAUUUUUAAUGAUGUAUCACUGUUUGUGAAGUCUCAUAGAAGUUAUGUAGUUUUUGUGUCAGUGUCGCUUGCGCGGAAAUAUGGUUAUAUUUAGUAUAUGACGACCAGUGUUGUGAAGCACGGAACACAGCCACUCCCCCGCUACAGUAUUUAAACAUUUUUCUCGGUUUACUUAAUAACUUUGAGAAAAUGGAAGAUAUUUUUCAAUGGUGCCGCGAGGGGAAUGCCAUGCAAGUGCGUGUUUGGUUGGAUGACACUGAACAUGACAUGAAUCAAGGCGAUGAUCAUGGAUUCAGUCCACUUCAUUGGUGCUGCAAAGAGGGACAUUUAAAAUUGGCUGAGUUACUAGUUAGUAGAGGAGCAAGAAUUAAUGCUACCAAUAGAGGAGAUGAUACUCCUCUUCAUCUUGCUUCUGCUCAUGGACAUAAAGAGAUAGUUCAGCUGUUGCUUAGAAAUCGAGCAGAUUUUAAUGUGACAAAUGAGCAUGGUAACACUGCACUUCACUACGCAUGUUUCUGGGGUGACCAGGCUGUUGCUGAAGAAUUGGUGACAGCAGGUGCUCUUGUGUCUAUCGCAAAUAAAGAUGGUGAUACUCCUUUGGAUAAAGCAAGAGGUCUACUCGCGAAAAGAUUACACGAUUUGGCUGUAGAAUAUGGGCAGGAUUUGAAAAAGAUUCAAUUCAAGGAUCAGAGCUGGUUAGGUUUGAAAACUAGAAGCCGAGAUGCAACACUGUCGAGGCAUAAAGGAAUCAAUAUGGCAGAUUUAUCCUUACAUACUCAUUUGGCAAGUACACCAAGUGGUGAAACUUGGCGAGGACGUUGGCAAAAUAAUGAUAUAGUAGCAAAGAUUUUAAAUAUACGCGAGUGUACAUCGAGGAUUUCCAGAGAUUUCAAUGAAGAGUUUCCUAAAUUGAGAAUUUUCUCACAUCCGAACGUAUUACCUGUUCUUGGUUGUGUUAAUCAACCACCACAAUUAGCAACCGUAUCACAGUAUAUGGCUCGUGGCAGUUUACACCGUUUGUUACAUGGAGGUACGGGCGUCGUUGUUGAUACGGCACGAGCGUUGAGACUUGCUCUAGACGUUGCAAGAGCUAUGGCAUUUCUUCACGGACUUGAGAGACAAAACAGAUGCAGAUUUCAUUUGAAUAGUAAACACAUCAUGAUCGAUGAAGAUUUGACAGCUCGCGUUAACAUGGCAGACUCGAAAUUCUCAUUCCAAGAAGUCGGACGAAUUUACGAACCAGCGUGGAUGUCACCUGAAGCCUUGAGCAAGCGUCCAGCCGACAUAAAUCUGGAAGCCAGUGAUAUGUGGAGCUUCGCUGUUCUGUUGUGGGAACUUGCAACUAGAGAAGUUCCGUUUGCUGAUCUUUCUCCGAUGGAGUGUGGCAUGAAAAUUGCACUGGAGGAUCUGCGUGUUAGUAUACCACCAGGAAUCUCACCACACCUUGCUAAACUUAUUAGAAUUUGUAUGAACGAAGAUCCAGGAAAACGUCCAUCUUUUGAGAUGGUUGUUCCGAUACUAGACAAAAUGAAACGUUAAUUUUCAGUGCAAUAUUUUAUUCUUCCGUUUUAACUGAAGUAUGAUUUAAAAAAAUACGUCAUUCCCGAAGAAACAUAAUGGACUUAAUUAGACGAAAUCUACUAAACUGCUACAAACGUUCA